GGCAGAACGACUUUCCAAAAUGGGAUGUAGGAAUGGGACCAUCCGAAGAGCACGUGAAUGCAGCACUCUUCUACCAGUCAGGGCAGUUAAAUUUCACUGGGAGGAAGACACUGGAGUUGUUGCUGUUGGUGCCAGUUGUACGAGCUAGCAUGUAGUGACCUGUUGCCUUUUUUAGUAUUUGCAAUAUGAAGAAUGGAAGAAGACGAUGUUACUAUCAGAGAGCAGAAUUUCCACAGCCAAGUUCGAGAAUACAUCAUUUGCUUUCUCCUGUUUGCAGUCCUCUACAUUGUGUCCUACUGCAUUAUAACCAGAUACAAGAGGAAGAGUGAUGACCAUGAGGAUGAAGAUGCGGUUGUCAAUAGAAUAUCAUUGUACUUGUGCACCUUCACCUUGGCAGUGUCGGGUGGUGCCGUCUUCCUACUGCCUUUCUCAAUCAUUAGUAACGAGAUCCUCCUCUCCUUCCCCAAAAACUAUUACAUUCAGUGGCUCAAUGGAUCCCUCAUUCACGGUCUGUGGAACCUGGUGUCACUGUUCUCCAACCUUUGUCUCUUUGUUCUGAUGCCCUUUGCCUACUUCUUCUUGGAGUCUGAGGGAUUUGCAGGAUCUAAAAAGGGCAUCAGGGCGCGUAUUUUAGAGACCUUUGUGAUGCUCUUCCUGCUGGCUUUGCUCAUCCUGGGCAUUGUGUGGGUGGCAUCAGCACUCAUUGACAAUGAUGCAGCCAGUAUGGAGUCACUCUACGAUCUUUGGGAAUUUUACCUUCCAUACCUCUACUCCUGUAUAUCUCUGAUGGGAGGACUGCUUUUACUCAUGUGUACUCCUGUGGGAUUGUCCAGGAUGUUCACCAUCAUGGGCCAGUUACUAGUCAAGCCAACAAUCCUGGAGGACCUGGAUGAGCAGAUUUACUGCAUCCAUUUGCAGGAGGAAGCCCUUCAGAGGAGAUUAAACGGAUCGUCCUCAUACACCUAUACUCGAGGGUGCUUUACUCACCAGCUAAACAAAGAACUUGACUAUUUUCGAAAUCAGAGAAAUAAAUUAGAGAGAAGAAAGAAAGCAUCAGGUUGGGAGAAGAACUUGUUGUAUCCCAUGGUCAUGCUGAUCCUGCUCGCAGGAACGACAAUCUCAGUUAUUAUGGUGGUAUUGAAUAUCCUAUACCUUUUAGUGGAUGAGACUGCCAUGCCCAAGGGAUCCACGGACCGAGGCAUUGGGAACACCUCUCUUUCCACAUUUGGUGUGGCUCAGGCAGUGUUGGAGAUCAUCCUCAUAUUCUACUUGAUGGUGUCCUCUGUUGUCGGCUUCUACAGCCUGAGAGUCUUUGAGGGACUAACUCCCAGAAACGAUGACACAACCAUGACAACGAUCAUUGGUUGCUGUGUGUCCAUCUUGGUCCUGAGUUCAGCCCUGCCAGUAAUGUCCAGAACUCUAGGUAUCACCAGGUUUGAUCUCUUGGGAGACUUUGGGAGAUUUAAUUGGCUGGGAAACUUUUACAUUGUCCUUUCAUACAACCUGCUCUUUGCGGUCGUGACAACACUCUGUCUUGUGAGAAAAUUCACCUCAGCGGUACGGGAAGAGCUUCUAAAGGCGUUAGGUCUGGAUAAACUGCACCUGUCAAACAGCCCCACGGACCCUGAAUCUGGGAAGCUCUCGGCAAACGGGCAUCAGAAAACUCUGUGAAAAGGACGGACACACACACACACACACACACACACACACACACACACACACACACACACAC